GGAGCGACUGCGGUGGUGAUGGCGCAUGAAAGCUCGAGGCAGGCCCGAGACCGCGGGGUGACCAGAUCCAAGGCGGAAAAGGCACGACCGCCUACUGUGCCGGUGCCGCAAGUUGACAUUGUUCCUGGGCGGCUCAGUGGGGCUGAGUGGAUGGCGCUCAUGGCUCAGGAGGAGGGCGAGGACGUGGUGGGGGACAUCUUGGCAGAUCUGCUGGCACGAGUCAUGGACUCUGCCUUCAAAGUCUACUUAACCCAGCAGUGCAUUCCAUUCACUAUCAGCCAGGCUCGAGAGGCCAUGCUGCAGAUCAUUGAGUGGCGCUUCCUGGCCCGGGACGAGGGAGAAUCUGCAGUGGCCGAGGACCCCACGUGGGGCGAGGAUGAGGAGCCCUCUGCAUGUGCAACGGAUGCCUGGGCUCAGGGAUCUGUGCCCAUGCUGCACACGCCAGCCUCGGUAGGCCUGGAGUGGACCUUCCAAAAUGAAGACCAAGGUAGCGUGGACCAGAUUCCUUUAGAAAGAUCAUGGAUGGAUAGAGGCUUUGAUGAGCGGAUGGAAUCUUGGGAGCGUUCUUCGAAGCUGACAGACACCCCUGGCCCCCCAACCAAACCGGAUUUGUUUCAGGAGGUAGGGCCCGGGGGUCCUUUAGAGGAACUAGAAGGCCAAGGAGAAGGCCACCUUUCCUCAGCUGGGUCCUUGAACACGAGUCUCCAACAGUCCUUGUCUGUGGAGACGGUUCCCGCUGGCAGUCCCAGCCCUUCUUUGGAGCUGUUCCAGGUAGUCAGCUCCCAGGAAUCUGCAGAGAGGAGACAGCCCCUCAGCUCCCAGUUCUCGAUAGAGGACUUCUACUGUUGCACGCUGCAGUCGCAAGCUGCUAGGGACCAGAAGACACUCGAGGAGGAGGCGCCCCGCACAGCCUUGGGCCCCACCAUGCCCAGCCCCUCCCCAUCCUUCCAGCCGGAGCAGCCCUGGCGCGUGGACUCGCAGCUGGGCAUGUUUCCCUACAGGGCUGGCCGCAGGGCAGCCUUGGGGCCGCUGCCACACCGCUGGGUGUGCCCGCUAGUUGAAAUUGUGGAACCAGACUCCGAGGUGCACCCCCUGGAAGUCUACCGCAGGCACCAGAGAGUCAAGAAGACGGAGACCUCGGCCAGACGCCCAGCCACGGGCCCCCGUUUCGGAGUCUCCCCAGCAGCUUUCUGCCCUCUCCCUCCGGCCGGUUUUUUUCCUGUCUUGGGCCCCAGCCUCCAGAAUCCCUGUUUAAGCUUAGGCCUGGCAUCACCAGGUUUCUGGUCAGAGGAGCCCUUGCCCAGCCCCGAGAUCCGCUUUUUUGAAACGCACCUGGACCUCCCAGACAUGGCCCACCACCCCAGCCCCAACGUGUGGCCAGGUGCAAGGUGGCCCAGGGGAAGGGAAGGGGAGGCCAAAUUGCUGGAAGAGCUGUGGGCCACCCGCAGCCGUAUACCUCCGCAGGGCUUGGAUGCCGAGGACCCAGAGGGCCAGGAUCCUCACAAGUUGCCUGAUUCUGAGCCCCAAAUCCUUGAGGCCACUUCCCAGGUUAUGUGGAAGCCCGUGUUGCAGCCAGAAGCUUUGAAGCUGGUUCCUGGUGUAAGCAUGUGGAACCCAACCACCCAGGUGCUGCUCCGCUCCCGCACAUCCCAGGAGGAAGACAAAGAAGGCUGCGUCUUUCCUCCCAUUGAGUAGCACCCCAUCCAGAUAGGUGCCCAGAAGCCCAGGUGACCAUAGCACAGCUAAUAAAGAAGUCAAACCCAUAAAUGUGAUCACUCCCCUCCAAACUCCUGCCUCAUUCUGAGCCCUGAGCCUCAGCCAGUGGUAAUCCUGCU